AUGCAAGAGUUACGCGAUCAAAGAGGCUUGGAUAGUGUCUUCUCUCCUCCUCCACCUCCUCUGGAGGACUCUCGUGGUGGCCAGCGCUAUCUGAUUAAGCGGCUGUUGAACCACCGCGACGUGAACGGGCGUCGGAAGAGUUACCUCGUCCGGUAG